CUGAAAGAGCUUUCUAGGUAUGAAAAGCUAGUCGCACCACUUCUCUCUCGUCUUUCAUCUUCGUCAAGUGGAGGUGGACGAGAUGAGGAUUCAAAAGAAUGGGUGUGGCUUGGGAAGGCAAGAGCAGAUACAAGUAGCAUAGGUUCGCGCUAUUCUCAAAAGUCCACCAUACAUGCAGUUGAGCAGUCGUCCCCAUCUUAUGACGAGAACACUCAGACAAGUAUUUCUUAUCGUGGUUCCGAAAUCAGUGUUUUCAUCUCACCGACACCAGUAGUUGCUGUACACGCGGACUACGAGCCACAGUGCGGCGGUAGCUGGCGGUCGAACGGUGGUAAAGCGAGGACUCGAGCUGGUCGCCAUGCCCUCAUUGACUCGUCGUCGGACCAUAAUCUCGCCAGGGUGGUCGCCAGAACCGGUAAGACUCCUCCUGUACUGCCCCCUAUUUUCAGAAAUGAGGGAAUUAUUGGCAGUCGGUGCUAA